CUCUCUCUCUCUCUCUGCGUAAACGGAGAGACUGGAGAGAAGGAGCGAGCGCACUGAGAGAGAAGCAGAGCUUAGUGGCGAGGCAGCAGUGCCGCUGACACGAGUGAAGGGGACCCCGUGGUUGUUUCCACCACCACCUCUCUCUCUCUCUCUCUCUCACUCACUCACUCACUCUGUUCUCGCAGCUUAACCUGCGCCUUUUCAGACGGACUUAGACAUCGGGGACCAGAGGCUAUACACACCUACCUACCUACCUUUUUGGUUUUGGACUCGUUUGAUUAAUCAGCAUAUCCUGUGGUGGAGCCGAGGGGGCGGUGGAGGGGGAGCACUCAUUAUCCCCCACCGUGGACCGAGGAGUUUUGUUGUGUGUUUAUGUGUUUUACGCGUCACUCGUAAUGGGGAAAAGUGGACAGAGAAGUGGAAUAGGACACGGGGGCUGCAGCUUGGUGAGGAUGUGCGCCGCGCCGGGGAUCCUGCUUCUCCUGGUGCUCGUACAUCCAGGAGUCGCCCAAGUGAGAGACGAUGAUGACUUCUUGAGUUUGAGCGAGCUCCCGGAGACCUUCCCCUCCGACCCGCCGGAGCCCUUACCUCACUUCCUGUUCGAACCCGAGGAAGGCUACAUUGUCAAGAAUAAGCCUGUCAAUCUGUACUGCAAAGCUACUCCCGCCACGCAGAUUUACUUCAAAUGCAACAGCGAGUGGGUCCAUCAGAAGGACCACACUGUGGAAGAGAGGGUAGACGAGAACUCAGGUCUGGUGGUACGAGAGGCCAGUAUAGAAAUAACACGGCAGCAAGUCGAAGAGCUGUUUGGUCCCGAAGAUUACUGGUGUCAGUGUGUGGCCUGGAGCUCUGCUGGAACCACCAAAAGUCGCAAGGCACAUGUCCGCAUUGCAUACUUGAAGAAGUCAUUUGAACAGGAACCCCUGGGAAAGGAAGUAUCUCUGGAGCAGGAAGUGCUGUUACAGUGUCGCCCUCCGGAGGGCAUACCAGCUGCUGAGGUGGAGUGGUUGAAGAACGGAGAGAUAAUUGACCCAGCAGAGGACAGAAACUUCUACAUCACCAUCGACCACAACCUGAUCAUCAAACAGGCGCGUCUGUCUGACACGGCCAACUACACGUGUGUGGCUAAGAACAUAGUGGCAAAAAGACAAAGCCAUACAGCAACUGUUAUUGUUUAUGUGAAUGGUGGUUGGUCAACAUGGACGGAGUGGUCAGUGUGUAACAGCCGUUGCGGUCGAGGCUUCCAGAAACGAACCAGGAGCUGCACUAAUCCCGCCCCUCUCAACGGAGGACUGCCCUGUGAUGGACAGGCCAUCCAAAAACUGUCCUGCACCACACUCUGCACUGUGGAUGGUGUGUGGACAGAAUGGAGUAAGUGGUCAGCCUGUGGGACAGAGUGUACCCAGUGGAGGAGGAGGGAGUGCAACAACCCAGCUCCUAAAAACGGAGGAAAGGACUGCGAGGGGCUCGUACUCCAGUCUCAGAACUGUACAGACGGACUCUGCAUGCAGAGUUCAUUGUUUCAGAAGUCCACUGAGUCCAAAGAAAACAUUGAUUUGGGAAUGCCAUCUGCUCCAAGCACAGAUGAUGUGGCACUGUAUGUGGGCAUUGUCAUCGCAGUGAUUAUGUGCCUGGUCAUCUCUGUCAUCGUGGCGCUGUUUGUCUACCGCAAGACACACCGUGACUUCGACUCAGUCAUCAUUGACACCUCAGCGCUAAAUGGAGGCUUCCAGUCUGUUAAUAUCAAAACCGCCAGAUCAGCUGAUUUACUGACAGCUCCUCCUGACCUGACGAAUGCAGCUGCCAUGUACCGAGGCCCAGUGUACGCCCUCCACGAUGUGUCAGAUAAAAUCCCAAUGACCAACUCCCCUCUCUUGGACCCUCUUCCCAACUUGAAGAUCAAAGUAUACAACUCCUCUGGUCUGGUCACGCCACAGGAUGACCUCGGAGGAGACUUUGCAUCCAAACUGUCUCCUAAGGUAACUCAGUCCCUGUUGGAUAACAGUGACACCAUGAACCUCCGCAACCAGAGCUUAGCCCGAACACGAGACCCUUCCUGCACUGCUCACGGAUCCUUCAACAACCAGGGAGGACACCUCAUUGUGCCAAACUCUGGUGUGAGUUUGUUGGUUCCAGCGGGUGCUGUUCCUCAGGGUAGGGUGUAUGAGAUGUAUGUGACUGUGCACAGGAAGGACAGCUUGAGACCCCCAGUAGAGGACAUCCAGACAGUGCUGAGCCCAGUGGUGAGCUGUGGACCUCCAGGAGCCCUGCUGACCAGACCAGUGAUCCUCACCAUCCACCACUGCGCCGACAAUGUCCAGGAAGACUGGCUCAUACAGCUGAAGAACCAACUGGCCAUGGGAGAAUGGGAGGAUGUGGUUGUGGUGGGAGAGGAAAACUUCACCACCCCCUGCUAUGUGCAGAUGGACUCUGAGGCAUGUCACAUCUUAACAGAGACACUGGGGACUUACUGCCUGGUGGGCCAAUCAAUUGGCAAGGCAGCCGCCAAAAGGCUCAAACUGGCUGUUUUUGGACCUGUCUCCUGCACAACUUUGGACUAUCACAUCAGGGUCUACUGUCUGGACGACACACAGGACGCACUCAAGGAGGUUCUUCAGAUGGAGACCCAGAUGGGAGGGAAGCUUCUGGACGAGCCAAAGACUCUGAACUUUAAAGACAGCACACACAAUCUGAGACUGUCUAUCCACGACGUGCCACACACACACUGGAAGAGCAAGCUCAUCGCAAAAUAUCAGGAGAUCCCAUUCUACCAGGUUUGGAGUGGCAGUCAGAGAACCCUUCACUGUACCUUCACCCUGGAGAGACUGAGCCCAGCCACCACAGAGAUCAGCUGCAAACUGUGUGUACGGCAGGUGGAAGGAGAGGGACAGAUCUUUCAACUCAGCAACACUUUGGAGGAGGAGGUCCAGUGCAUAGACACAUCCCUGAUGGACCCCGCCAGUAAUAUCACAACCUUAGUGGGGCCUAAUGCCUUCCGCAUUCCUUUAUCCAUCAGACAGAAGCUGUGUGGCAGUCUGGAUGCACCACAGACCAGAGGCAAUGACUGGAGGAUGCUCGCCCACAAACUCAACCUUGACAGGUACCUGAACUACUUUGCCACCAAAUCCAGUCCGACAGGUGUGAUUCUGGAUCUCUGGGAGGCCCAGCACUUCCCUGAUGGAGACCUAAAUGAACUGGCCGCUGUGCUGGAAGAGAUGGGUCGCCAUGACAGUAACUUCGCCUCCAUGACGACGGAACAUUGACGAAGCAAAGUGGUUACCAAGACAAGGACAGAACUCCGGAGACGAUUACACAUGAAUUCUCUAUGGCUGAUACUGCAGCAAGGGCAAUGAACGACUUAGAUGUGAGCAAAAGAAAAGUUGUUGCCAUGGUGAUUGAGCACCAGUUAAAUACCAUGGUAAUCAUGCCGACAUGGUAACAGACAGAGCGAGAGGUGCUCGAGCAGGUGCUGGAACUAUGUGCAUAUCUUUAUAUGUGUAUUUGCGCAAUGUUGCAGUGUCAUGUGUGAAUGAAGGAGAAAUAACCCUACCUACCACACAAACAGGCUUUCAGGAACAUACAAACCAUACACAUGCCUAAAAAAAAGACCUUGUGUAGUGUAACACCAGUUGUUCUCUUGCUGUUACUUUAUACUGAACAAAGACAAGCAGGGAAAAGAAAGAAGAAGCAACUGAGGUACUGACCUUGAAAACCUCUAUAAGAAAAGGAACAAAAUCAUAAAGGGAGAGAAGCUAAACUGAUUACAGAAGAGCAGGAGAAGGUAGAUUGAGGUAAGAGAGAGUGAGUUAGAGACUCUUUAGUAAGAUGAGAGUAAACACAGAGAGAAGCUAAACUGAUUACAAAAUGAUGGAAAAGCGGCAGGUUAUCAUCUGAAAGAACAGGACGGAAAACAGAUAAUGAUGGAGGGGAGCUAAAGAAGUGAUCCCACUCCUCUCUUGUGAGCCUUGGCUGUACGUGUUUGCCAGUACAGUUUGUUGUCUUUAUAUCGUUUCCUAGGGAACGCUCUAUGUAUUCUGCUGUCCAUAUGUGUGGAUCAUUUCCUGCUAACAGAAUUUGCUACACAGUGACUGUCAAUCAAGGAUCCUGACCAGAAACAAGCCAGAGACAACAGCUUUCCCUUUUUGGCUGACAUAACAUCGUAAGUGAUGUUUAAAGUAUCAAGUCUGUGGCGUCUAAGUUUGUAAAAAGAAGCCUGUCCAAAGAUGAUUACACUCCUGAUGGAUGUAAGUAAAAACUUAUUUUUGUUUGGCAUUUUCAGUAGUGUAUGGUUGUGACAGAUUUGUUAAAAUGUCUGUCUUGAGGUAUAUUUAAAAUUGCACCUAUGAUAAACAGAUAAGCAAGGCAGAAAUGCAAGACUGUCAGCUAUUUAUUAUAUUUAUGUACAGCAUACUAGAGUACAGUAUACAGUACACAAAUAUGUUUGUUUUAAAGGAGGCAGAAUUGACUAAUUUUACAAAUGUAUUUAUAUAUUUGUUAAGGAAAACAAAUUUUCCUGAGAAAAACAUGCAUUUCUGCACUCGCUGGAGGUUCACCACAAGCCACUGUAAAGAAUUGAAAUGGUCUUCAAGCAGCAAAUGCACUUCAAACUAAAAUGCUGUCCUGUAACUUCUUAAAGUGGAGUUGUUUGGUGAUGCAGGGUGGGGAAUUCCAGCCAUCACUACCACGUUUGGUUAACCACAACUUCAAAUCCAGGAGUCUCCCUGAUAGGCUGUUGGGGCUUGUUUCUGGACAGAGUCCAACUCAGUGAAAAGAGAGAAGAAGCAAAAAAGGGAUGAAUUAGAAGUGAAAACACAAGUGUUUUUAAAUACAGUAAUAUAGACAGUACCAUAGUAUUACGUGAUAGUGAAUUAAAUACAGCUGAUAUCAUUCAUUACCACUAAAUGUACCCAAAUAUACUGAUUUUAUCAAUCAUAUUUUUAAUUUACUAAAAUAUAUAUAUAGCCUAUAUAUAUAUAUAUAUUUCUUUCAUAUUUUCAGUGUCCUAUCAUCACAGGAUGUCAGUUGUUACCUGCCAUCAGGCCACAUGUGAUUUCAUUUGUGAUCACCACCAUGAUUUUGCUGGUCGCUAGCACCAUCCAGUGGCCUUUGAGGAAUAACAGCAUUUACAUUUACAUAUAUGGUGUUUUUUGUUUUUUUUUAAUUGUCUGAAAACGUGUAAAUACAUGAUUAUCAUGUUCAUCCUAAUGACCUUAUAUUACCAUAAUAUUUUUGUUCAGUGAUCAUUAUUGUGUUAUUUACAUCUCUCUCUUUGUUUUGCCAUUUUAAUGUUUUUAUAGAUGUGAACUGUAUGGAGGGAAAAAAAAAUCUGUAACAUAUCAGUUAGUUGCCCUUUUUCUCAAACAAUGUUCUGUCAGCAACUAACAUUCCAACUCAUGGUGUAUUUGUUGAAAAAGUUACAAUUUAGAGCUAAAAAAAAAAAAGAAAAAAAAAGAAAAACAAUAUAACAACAAAGGGGGCCUAUGUAAAAUGAAAUGUAAUAUAUUUGUGUGUUUGCAGAACAACUUUGUGAACCAAGGCUGGCUUUCAAAUGUGCGCACUGACCCCGGACAACAGUGUCUGACGAAAAGGUGUUACUCCAAUACGCUAACUCUGAGAAAGAAAGAAAAACAGCCUUAUUUUUUAGUGGCUUUUGAAUCGUCUUGAUGCCCUUGGGACAUGAAUUCUAUUCACCAUGUAAAGGACAGCAUGUUCAAAGGAAAUACAUGUAAAAUAUUCAAA